CAGUGAGGUGGCUCUCGGCAUUCCACACACAGUCACACUCCGCGCACUCACACACUUGGAAGCGCCUCCCCACGUCCCUCCCCUGCCCUCCUCUUGCUCUGCUCUUCUCUUCCUCACCACAAAUAGUCGCCGAUCGACUGCCAAUCCGCCUCUCUCUCAACAACAUGACUGACUGGGAAGAGGUGGCUCAGGCAGAGCAGCUCUGCUGGCGCAGGCAGGAGGAGCAGGAGGAUUAUUAAAUAACGCAGCUCGACUCUGUGCAACUGGGAGUGGAGAAAAGGAGCCCAACAGUCGAGAAGGGGAGGGAGGACAGAGGAGGGGGACCAGGAAGGACAGCCCGUGCCCCGAAGACAUAAAUCCCUGAGUGCCCGGGAGGAGCCUUAACAAGCGGCGCGGAGCCCUCAAGGUUGCUAAGUUGGCUAUCCCCGUGCAAGCCUUGGAGUCCCGAUGGGGGACUCAGGAUCAAGAAGAUCUACCCUGGUCUCCCGGUUGCCAAUAUUUAGAAAAAGUAUUAGCAGAAGACAUGACUCUCUUCCUUCUUCACCCUCUUCCAGUAAUACCGUUGCUGUCCACAGUUCCUCUCCUUCCAGCACUAACUCAAGCUCAGGUAGUACAGGAAAACGCAGAAGCAUAUUCCGAGCUCCUUCCAUCAGCUUCCACCAUAAGAAAGGUAGUGAACCUAAGCAAGAACCCACUAACCAGAACCUUAGUAUUUCAAAUGGUGCUCAACCUGGUCACAGCAAUAUGCAGAAACUGAGUUUGGAAGAACAUAUUAAAACCAGGGGAAGACAUUCUGUGGGUUUCAGUAGUUCACGAAAUAAGAAGAUAACAAGAUCCUUGACAGAGAAUUUUGAAAGGGAAAAGGAGCACUCAACUAAUAAGAAUGUCUUUAUAAAUUGUCUAAGUUCUGGCAAAAGUGAGGGUGAUGAUUCUGGAUUCACAGAAGAACAAACUCGCCGUUCUGUUAAGCAGUCAACAAGGAAACUGCUCCCUAAAUCUUUUUCAUCUCACUAUAAAUUUUCUAAGCCAGUUCCACAGAGCCAAUCCAUUUCGUUGGUACAACAAUCUGAAUUUUCACUUGAAAUUACACAAUACCAAGAGAGAGAACCUGUAUUCGUAAGAGCUUCUCCAUCUUGUUCUGUGGAUGUAACUGAACGGGCAGGAAGCUCUUUACAAUCUCCUUUGCUUUCUGCUGAUCUUACCACAGCUCAGACACCUUCAGAAUUUUUAGCCUUGACUGAAGAUUCUGUGUCUGAAGCAGAUGUAUUUCCUAAUAGUGGAAGCAUGGCAUCCCACUGUGACAAUGGUGGCCACAAUGACCCUACCUCUCAAAGCUCUCCCAAUCCUGCUGCUGUUACAAAGACAACAAUAGAACUUAUGGGAGCUGUACCAGGUGCAGUUAUGUCUCCUGGAAAAUACAGGUUAGAAGGUCGAUGUAGUACUGAAUCUAAUUCUUUAUCAGAAACCUCUGCUGCUAAUCAGAAGGAAGUGUCAUUGCAAAUCACUGAGCUACCUGUUAAGAAUGUGAACAACUCAGAGACUCACAUACCAGCAGAUACUCAAAGAGAAGAAAACUUGGCUUUACAAAAUGGUGAAUCAAUGCCAAGGACAGGGUCCCCAAGGAAACUUGGAUUCUAUGAGCAACAUAAAGCAAUAGCUGAACGUGUUAAAGGGAUUCAUCCUGUUUCAGAUUCAAGGAUAAUACCGUCUUCUGGUGAUCAACACAUUUUAAACAAAACAUAUGGUUAUGAAGCAAGUACAGCCCGAGUUCUUGCCAGUAGCCUCAGCCCAUAUCGGGAAGGAAGGUUUAUAGAGAGGCGACUGCGGUCCUCAUCAGAAGGAACUGCGGGGAGUAGCAGAAUGAUUUUGAAACCAAAAGAUGGAAAUGUAGAAGAAAUAAAUAGUUUAAGAACAAGAACGAGUUCCUCAUCCUCAAAAAUGAACAGCAUGGAUGUUUUAAAUAAUCUGGGAUCCUGCGAACUGGAUGAAGAUGAUCUAAUGCUUGAUUUAGAGUUUUUAGAGGAACAGAAUCUUCAUCCCUCAGUUUGCAGGGAGGAUUCAUACCACUCUGUAGUUUCAUGUGCUGCUGUAGUUCUCACUCCGAUGGAACCAGCAAUAGAAAUGAAGAAAAGAGAAGAACCAAAAUUUUCUGAGACUUCCAAACAGAAUCUUUCCCUGAAAUUAACAAAAGAAGAUCAGGAAGCCAGGUGUUCCCAUAUAAACCGAAUGCCCAGCAGUCCAUCUGCAGAUUGGCCCCUGCAAGGUGUGGAAGAAAAUGGAGGUAUAGACUCUCUGCCAUUCAGACUGAUGUUACAGGACUGCACAGCAGUAAAGACAUUAUUAUUAAAGAUGAAGAGAGUUCUUCAAGAGAGUGCAGACAUGAGCCCAGCCAGCAGCACCACUUCGCUUCCUGUUAGUCCUCUCACGGAAGAGCCAGUGCCUUUCAAGGAUAUAAUGAAAGAUGAAUGCUCUAUGCUCAAGUUACAGCUAAAAGAGAGGGAUGAACUCAUUUCCCAACUUCAGGAAGAGCUGGAAAAAGUUCAGCAUUUACAGAAGGCUUUUGCUUCAAGAGUAGAUAAAUCCACACAGACUGAACUUCUAAGCUGUGAUGGUUUAAACCUGAAAAGACUGGAAACAGCACAAGGAGGGAGAGAGGCUACGUAUCGAAAUCGAAUUGUGAACCAAAGUCUCAACACAAGGGACAGAAAAGCAAUACAUACUCCCACCGAGGACCGUUUUAGAUACGCAGCAGCUGACCAGACAAGCCCCUAUAAAAACAAGACCUAUCAACUGUCAAGUUUAUGUUUCAGUAAUUUCUUGAAGGACAAAGAACUAGCAGAAGUUAUCAAACACUCCAAAGGAACUUAUGAAACCCUCACUUCAGAGGUUACACAGAAUUUAAGAAGCACUGUUGGGCAGAGCUCCCUGAAGCCAACAACUAAGACGGAUGGGCUUUCCAUGUUAGAGAAACCAAAGGACCAAGCUGCUGUGGGCCGUCAGCCUUCAACCUUUACAGGCAGGUUUGGACAGCCACCAAGAGGGCCAAUUUCUUUACACAUGUACAGCAGGAAGAAUGUUUUUCUCCACCACAAUUUACAUACCACUGAGCUGCAGACUCUGGGCCAGCAGGAUGGGUAAUUAAGUCACCCUGUUUGUGUCUCUGGGUAGGAUAAAGAUGGUUCACAUUUUUCGUGCAUAGUUCCUAUUAAAAUGGUCAUGUAGUUUUUAUUACUUUCAUUUUUAGUCAUAAACAAAGACCUGUAGGCUUUUAAAAAUUAUUUUUAUUUUGAAGAAUGAGGGUUUAAGCAUGUUAAUUGAUUUAGGUUGAAUUGCCUUGAAGACUUUGCUAUACAUAUGUGUAAUAAAUGGGACCAUCUUGCUGGUUUAUAGAGUCCAUAAUUUAUUUAUCUUUUAUCUCUAUCGUUUACUGAUGUGCAUUGAGGCACUGAGGUUUCGGAAGGUAAUAUCAAAUAGCACUCUGUUUACUAUGUUGAUGGUGUUACUGUAAAAAUAGAUAUGAAGUAUAAAUAGGUAAAGGGAUUGUAAAGAAUAUUAAACUACACAAUUAAUAGAAGGAAGAAAACAGAGGGAAUUUAAACUCUUAUAUUUGGUGGUGUAUUUAUUUGAGGGGCGAAGCUUGUUUGCAUGUAACCUAGAGAUGUGUUUGUCUCUAUUACAUACAUUCAAGCUUGAAAUGUUAUUGGCAGGGUGGGGGACUGUUUGUUUUAUUCUUUAAAUUUUUAGUUCAGACUAGUUAACAAAGGAUUCCAGUCAGAGUAAUUGUUAGCCAAAUAGGAAAUGACAGCUCUGAUCGUCACAAAAUUUUGCCUUUAGUUUUAGCUAUUGAUAUAGAAGUACCACAGUAUAACAUGGUGAGGUGGUAAAGUCAGCUGAAUUUUUAAAAAUGGUUUAUAAGGCAUGAUACCCCGUGUUCUUUGAGUCACUGUAUCACAUUUUUUAAAAUUUCAGGGAUAAAAUAUUCUAAGGAAAAUAUUCAUUUACCUCCCUUUUCUUAUGUUUUAAAUGUGCAUUGAAUUUUAUGUACAUCAUUUUGCUUUAUAUGCAUCAACCCAUAAGACUAUUAACUGAGGAACAGAAGGUGAAUUUUUGAUAUCCUGGGUAUAAUGCUCUGACUACAGACAGAUUUAGAAAAAAAAGAAAAUAUAUGUGAACUUUGGUAAUUUGAUCUUAGAGAUAAACUUCUAACAGAAAUAUUUAAAACUCAUUUGAUGGUAAAUAUUUCUCUCUGACAAGUAAUAUAAUAUAUAUUGUAUACUUAAGUGCACAAGAGAUAGAUCAAUAAAUCUAAAUAAAAUAAUUUCAUGUUUAAUAGUAAUAGAGCAGUAUCAAAUGGUAGACAUAAAUGCAUAAAUAAGUAAUUUUAAAAGGACUAUUGGGAAUCAGGGCUGCAGUCUUUUAUAUAAAGAUCAGAACUGGUAACUAUAUCCACAUUAGGUAGAGUCCAUGCAAAUUGAAACUGUCAUACCCACUGCAUGAUCUGUUUCCCUUGCAUUCUCUAACAGACAGAAUCCAUCAGCAUGCACAAAUGAGAUGAAUAAAGGGAAAUUGAGAUAGCAGUUUUAGCAUGGCAUCUGACAAACCUGCUUAAAUCAAAGCUAUAUGUGAAACGCAUCUCCUAAUAUAAAAAUGUGUUUGAACUCUAGGCUUUGGGGAAAAAGCCAUUAGAUCCCCACUCCCCUGCUUUAACUAUUGAACUUUUAUAAAUUUUCAAACUUUGAUUACAAUUGACAGUAAGGAGUACAGAGAAUAUUUUGUACUUGUAAUUUUGGUUUUCCAAAGGAAGACACGUGCAUCAAGACAAACUUUCACCACAUGUUUUCUUUCUUUGUGUGUUUGUAAUUCUGCCAAAAGAGAACAAUACACAUUGCAAUUUGCUUGACUUAAUGAGACUGCUGUCUAAAAUUCCCACCAUACUUUAGAAACUAUAAUCUUCAUGAAGAUAUACAUUUUGGGCAGGACAAUAUUUAAGAAAUUAUAGAAAAAUUAUGAUUAUUAGUUGUGGAAUUCAGCUUGAUUUGUAUUGAAAGUUCCUGUGUGUUGCUAGAAUAUUUUAAACCUGUAAAUAAAUAAGCAUGAUAAAAUAAUCAAGGAUUUUUUCCCAGGAUAUGGAAAAACUAUGUAUCACAAAUAAUGUUUUUGAUUUGAACUUUUGGAGUUUAUAGUUUUGUUUUCCUGGAAUAUAGACUUUUGAAUUAUACUUUGUAAAAAAUAAUCUAUUUAAGAAAAUCUGUCAUUUAAUAGACAUUUUAAGAGAUGUUUUAAACACUAGUAUUUUCUUGAAAAAUCUUUUUUAAAGCUGAAACAUUCAAAAAGAAAACCUGGAUUAAACUGUUCAAUUUUAAAAGGAGGAGUAUUUUUUGGAAAUAUCAUCUUAAAGCUGUUUUGUAUCAGUAUUUUCAGCAUUGUUAUAAUAUUAUUUGUAAUACUCAGUGUAACUCAGGCCUGGAGAAGGUGUAAGCCCACUGUGUUAAUGUAGAUCAGCAACUGUAAUACAGGGGUCUUUUGUAAGCUCCUCUUGUGUAGAUAUUAUGUCAUAAUAAUGGCAUGUGGGCAUUCUUUCAGCAAACUGAAUUCUUUGUACUAAAAUCUCUAGUUUUCUAAGACAGUUCCAUGUAUAAAAAUGAUUUAUACAUCUCUCCAAGGCAGUACAUAUCCAAAGACAUGACACCAGGGGGAAAAAGUGCUUGUUUUUCUGAUGAAGCAGUGGUCUUGUCUUUUCCUUUUUCUUUCUUUUGUGCAUGUAUAUGUGUAGCUAAACCUAAGUAACCCUGUAAAAUUUCUGCUGCAAACUGUCUCUUCUAAACUCAGAAUGUGUUUUAAAGGACACUUAUGAAGAGACAUCCCUUGAAGGAAAGCUGU